AUGAUGAAAAAUGCGGUGCCCUCCAUCGUCACUGACUCUGCUCCUCUUCGAGACGACGUUAAAGCUGUCAGCAGCCCCGGCAUGUCUAUAAAUACCAAAACUGGGCCUCUUCCUUACUUGUAUGUUAAGCUGCCACACCUGGCUGCCACUGCUGCCAGUCCUACUACAAAGUCACAUUUCAAGGAUCUACCUGGUGAUGUGAUGGCGGUUGAUGCUCAUGAUCCACAAGCAAUCUCCAACUUCGUUUCUGGUGAUUCGCUUAUUAUUGACAUCAGACCAUUCAACAACUAUUCAGCGUCUCGCCUUGAGAACGCCUUCAACAUCUGCAUUCCCACCACCCUUUUAAAACGUCCCAAUUAUGAUUUAUUGCAUGUUACAAAUAGUUCGGCAUUACCCAAAGAUGCCAAGGAUAAACUUAUAGCGAGUACCACUCCUACUAAUGUGUUAAUCUAUGACGCCAACAGUGGUACCGGUCACAUUUCUUUUGGCUUAUACCAAACGAUCAUGAAGUUUUACAAACACGACCGUUUUACAGUAGCUUUCUUGGAUGGUGGUUUCCAAGAGCUCCACACCCUGCUUAAGGACGACUCGUCGCUUCUGUCUGAUCAGACGCCCAUUUCUCCACAGACCCCGCUGCACCCCCAGUUGGACGCCAUCAGGCCAGAUUCUGGAACAGGAGACCAUUUUGCACAAUCACCAGCAGCGGAUUCGAGCCGUGAGUCGUCGCCUUUCUUGUCGGGAUUUACCUUGCCUUCCGCAACGGCCUCAAACCAAAAGAUGCUAAUGUCAAUCAAGAAAACGCUACCGCGGAUUGAUACCUCUACUUCUUAUAACUACAAUCUCCGGUUUCCUGAAGGAUUUGAAGAGAAGAAGGAUAAACUUCCCAAGUGGUUGUCGUUUUUCGGUGAUGGCUAUGGAACCGAAGGUCAUAAUGAGAAAGUAGUAGGGGUCUUGAGUGAGAAGUUCAACAAGCUUGAGCGUUCUGAACAAGUUCGUUUAAGCAUGGCCAUUUCUAAUACGAGUGAAGAUAGCAAAGACAAUCUUGCUCCUUCUAAUACCAACCCAGCAAGGGCCCACUCAGGAUUAAGCAGCGGGUACUGUUCGCCUCUGGCACCUUGUCCUCACUGUGACAAGAUUCACUACACGAUUCCAAAAGGUGUUGAAUACGGUUAUAAGAACCGCUACAAUAACAUCUGGCCAUACGAGCAUUCGAGAGUGAAGCUUGUAUCGUCGCCAUCAUGCAAUACGCCCAAGAAGGAGACCACUGAUGAUUACUUCAAUGCCAAUUAUAUCAAAUGCAAGCAGCUUUCGCUUACAGAAUAUAUUGCUACACAGAGUCCUUUGGAAUCAACAAAAGAAGACUUUUGGAAUACCGUUUGGUAUAAUGGCAUCAAAGGAAUUGUCUGUCUCAACAAGCCUUCCGUGUUUGCUCCACCUGCCUACUAUGAGGUUGACCAAUUCUUCGAAAAGAGCAAACUCUCAGUGAAGAUCAUCUCCUCAGAGGACGACUCGGGCUUCAGAAUUCGCAAGAUGGAAAUGGAGAAACGUGGGAAGACCCGUUACGUCUACCACUUUGCUUACACGGAAUGGCCAGACUUUGGUGUACCCGAUAACUUCGAUGCCGUCUCCAGGCUUUUAGAAAGUAAAAACGAAAAGCUUGAAUUGUUGAGUGAACAAAAGCCUCCUACCUCGAAAGUGACCCGGCCUCUAGAUUUGCUCGUACACUGUUCUGCGGGAUGCGGUCGUACGGGAUGCUUUAUCACUCUCGACAUGGUCAAAGAUUGUUUCAAGGGCAAAAGUAAUGGCAAGUACGAUCCCUGGGGUACCAAGGAUCUCGUCUACAAGGCGGUGCAACUUCAAAGGCAACAGCGUAUUGCCAUGGUGCAGACGGUGGAUCAAUUCAUCUACUGUUAUGAGAGCAUUUUGCAUGAGAUAUUUAAAAGCUAUAUGUGA